AUGGCAAUGAUGGCGGCGCGUGAAGAGUACAAGAGGAAGCCAAACUGGGGCAAAGGCACGUUUGUCAAUGAGAUUUGGAAACCUGGUAAAUCCACUCGGUUGCCACCACUUGAUCUCGAUGAUAUCGACACUUCCGAUAGCGAUUGUUCCACGGGGUCCCCCAGUCAGCCGAAGCAGCCGCCUAAAAGGGCAUAUCGUGAGGAAGGACAUGCGGGCAAGACUUCUGAUCAGACUCAGCUUCGUCUAAAGAAGAGAUGGCCGCCUGAAUUUGUCCCCAAUUCGAGUGUGGGUUCGGCUACGAUGCUUGAUAUGAACAAAAUGGGAGGCCCUACUACUCCCAUCCAGAUCGAAGAGUCACAAGCCACCCCGGCGCUUAGUAUGGACUCAACGGAAGACGUAACAACGCCCAUCCAAGUCCAGUCGUCGGCCUCUUCGGCGGCCUCUGGUGAAGGAUCCUCGCAGCGAACCGCCAUGGCUGCCGCCUGGGCCAGUCUCAUGCCGUCAACGGCCCGAGGCCCACCGCUCGGUCCGAGGGGGGGUGUCGGCAGCGCGAUACCGGCGAAACGAGGCAGACCUCGUGGAAGGGGUAGAGGCACAGCCUUUAGGCAUUAG